AUAAUAUUUCGAAAAUUAAUGAAGAAGGUUCUAUUAAUACGCAUGAAAAAUCACCUUCAGGAGAAAAGCCCGAAAAAACAGCGUUAUUUUGGCGUAAAGAAAAGAAAGAGGAUAAGAAAGAUGAUAAAGAUGAUAAAAAAUCUACCUCUGCAGGAACGACAGUUGAAGAAAAUGGCAAAGAACAUAAUACAACAAAAAAGACAAAUUACCUACAUCACCGAACGGAAUACAAGCUACUAUGUGAGUAUGUUGAAGUUUAUUAG